UGCACCCGGUAGUAACUGGCAGUGGCGGAGGAAGAGCCACGUGUUUCCCUUUCUCCAGCCCAUCGUCCUCACUCUUCUAGAUCUUGGGGGCUCACUUAACGUGAGCAACAGCUAGCAAAACAGUUUUUGCACUUUCUGCACUGCUAUGCUGCCUUUCCCUUUUAGGCACUUUGCCAAGCCCCUGCGGAAAUGCUGCCAGGCUGCAGGCAGUUGGCGGGCCCAGCACAGCAAAGCAGCUGCCAAGGAGACGCCAGGCUGGACCGGGCAAGAGAGCUUGGCCGAGAGUGACCCUGAGAUGUGGGAGCUGGUGCAGCAAGAGAAGGAUCGACAGUGCCGAGGACUGGAGCUCAUUGCCUCGGAGAAUUUCUGCAGCCGAGCUGCACUGGAGGCUCUCGGAUCCUGCCUUAACAACAAGUAUUCAGAGGGUUACCCUGGCAAGAGGUAUUAUGGUGGUGCGGAAGUGGUUGACCGCAUUGAGCUGCUGUGUGAGCGCCGUGCCUUGGAGGCUUUUGACCUGGAUCCUGAGGGCUGGGGAGUGAACGUCCAGCCUUACUCUGGAUCCCCUGCCAACUUUGCUGCCUACACGGCCUUGCUGCAACCCCACGAGCGGCUCAUGGGCCUGGACUUGCCUGAUGGGGGCCACCUGACGCAUGGGUAUAUGUCCGACGUCAAGCGUAUCUCAGCAACGUCCAUCUUCUUUGAAUCCAUGCCCUACAAACUGAAUCCAACAACAGGAUUGAUUGAUUAUGAUCAGCUAGAAGUAACUGCCCGACUCUUCCGCCCACGUCUCAUCAUUGCUGGAACCAGUGCCUAUGCCCGCCUUAUUGACUACGCCCGCAUCAAGAAGGUGUGUGAAGAAGUGAAGGCCUACAUGCUGGCUGACAUGGCCCACAUCAGUGGCCUGGUGGCAGCCAAAGUCAUCCCAUCUCCUUUUGAUUAUGCUGACCUGGUGACCAGCACGACUCACAAAACUCUUCGUGGAGCAAGGUCUGGUUUGAUUUUCUACCGCAAAGGUGUCCGUUCGGUAGACAAGAAGACUGGCAAGGAGAUUCCCUACAAUCUGGAAGAGAAAAUCAACUUUGCUGUCUUCCCCUCUCUGCAGGGAGGGCCCCAUAACCAUGCCAUUGCGGCUGUUGCUGUAGCAUUGAAACAGGCCAGUUCACCCAUGUUCCGGGAGUAUUGCCAGCAGGUACUGAAGAAUGCCAAGGCCAUGGCAGAGACAUUACUGCAGCGAGGAUACACUCUGGUGUCAGGUGGCACUGAUAACCAUCUGGUGCUUGUGGACCUGCGACCCAAAGGCAUUGAUGGGGCCCGGGCUGAGCGGGUGCUAGAGCUAGUGUCCAUAACUGCUAACAAAAAUACGUGUCCUGGGGACAAGAGUGCAUUGACACCUGGUGGCUUGCGGCUUGGGGCACCAGCACUUACCUCCCGACAAUUCCGGGAAGCUGAUUUCCAGAAGGUGGUGGAGUUCUUUGAUGAAGGAAUCCAGAUUGGACUGGACGUCAAAAAGAAAACCUCCAAGCUUCAAGAUUUCAAAUCCUUCUUGCUGGCUGACCCAGAGACAAAGCAGCGCCUGUCAAACCUUAAGAAGCGUGUUGAGACCUUCGCCCGUGCCUUCCCCAUGCCUGGCUUUGAUGAACGUUGAUGUUAUGCCCAACCAGAGACUGGCUCCUUACACCCAGAUGGGUGGGGCUUGCAAGUCGCCCGAUGCUUGGGAUCCCUGUUGUCCUGCCUCCAAGAGCCAGCCAGCUGGGGCCCUUUUCCUUGGUCACUUUCUUCCUUCUCCCAGUGCCCAUUUUAUACUGACUCAAAACAACAGACCUCCUUUUUGUUUUAUAGCAGGACUAGUCUCUGAUCGACAAUACUCGUGUAGUAUUUUGCCUGCCCACUAUGCAAGAUGGGUUGUAAGAAUUAAACAGCUUCAUCGUU